CGUACAAGUACAUAAUCCGGUUGUUUGAUUGAAUAUUGUAUAUCGUGUUAAGUUAUUAAAUGUAAUUGAUUUGUUUUAUCACAUCUUGUGAUGCAUCAGUUCGUUUUGUUGCGGGACACACGGUGCAGAGGCUCAAUGCACUUGCAUGUGGGACGCUAACAAUAAGAUGACUACUCUAUAACUUCAUACACGUGAAAUUUGGGUUGCACUUUCCGUAUAGAAAUAAACUACGUUUUUGUGCAACUGACGCGUUUGUUUUCAGUUGAUUUGAUAACAAGAUACAGUAUGGCAUAUAUGAAUUAUUAAUUCUGAGCGAAUUCACUCAAACUUUGAUAGCAAUAACGACAGAACUACCGAGGACCGCUGAUGCAUAGUCUUUGAACGAGGUUUGCUGUUGGGCCCUUGGUCUCUGCACUUAAUUUGAACAGUAAUACUUAAUACGAAUCUGAGGAAAACCGAUUCACCUUUGAGUUAUAGAUCCUGUCAAGCAACUAAAAAAACUCUCGAUUUUUUUAAAUAUACAAUGAAUUCAUUAUUUGCCCAUUGUUACACCUCCAUAAUUUAAUUGCAGAAGUAUUUGCUUAUACUGCGGAAUAGAUUGAAAAGUUGCUCUGAAAAAUUCAACGGAUGUGAAAAUGUCGUUGAAGUCUUCUAAAUUGAAUGAGCAUUAAACGUAUAAAAUAAAAUAAACACUAUGGAAAUUUGUGAAUAAACAAUGUCUUUGGCUGUGUUUUAGGUUAUGUAAGCACAGUAUAUAAAAUGGUUCAUGAUCAGUUUUAAAAUUCAGAGGCAAGACUCGAAGCAAACGUGCAAACGAAUCCAUGAUAACUGCAAAUCGCUAGUCUGCAAAAUGCAGCACCACAAAUGCUGCAGGUUUUAUAAUGUAUUGGCAAUUUUUUCAUCCUUAAGGAUCAUAUCUGCUUUAUAUCGGACUGAAGAGAAACAAACAUGCAAUAACAGGGUUCUUAUUCAAUAAAAAAAUAUCAAUAAACGGAUGUAGGGUACAUGAACCACUGCUGCCCUCUACUGUCGAUUUUUUUGUCGGCAUUUAACAGUGCCGUAGUUUCGUCAGUAAAACCAUUUUUGGUUUUUUACACAAUUCUAUAAUAUUCUUUAGCCCCGUCCCCCAAACAAAUAUGAAUUUAAAUGAAAUACUGUCUUCACAUCAAUUUUUAUUAAAAUCAGGCCUCUCAUACACUGUCAGAAAAAGUAUCAAUUUGUACAAUUGAGGGUAGAGUUAUCAGUUGUAGUUGCCAAUGGGGCUAUACACCCCAGGGGCUGCCAGUUGUACCCUAGCUGUAAGUGAAUGUACCUUUUAGGUAUGGAAAUGGACUUCGAGGAGCAUUUUUCACCAUUGGCAGUACCUUAUUGUUUGUAACAGGGCUGUACCCCUUUUUCUGACAGUGUAGUAAAGGCCUUACAUCAGGGGUCACCAACCUUUUUAAAACUGAGAGCUUCUUCACGGGUACUGAGCCAUACGAAGGGCUGCCAGUUGGAAACGCCCUCCUAAACUCAUCCAAACUUCAUGUAUGAUAAACAUGCUUUAAAUGCUUUUUUUGAUAUUUUCAUUUUCAAAUCUAUAUAAAUGCAAAUGUGAUUAAAGAAGAAUAGUAACAGGAUAAAAUUACAUUUUAGACCCUGCUCACUGGUGAGUUGUGCUAUUUUUAGAACAGGUCCUCGGGCGACUCAUGUGGUCUUUAGGGGCGUCCUGGUGCCCGCGGGCACCAUGUUGGUGACCCCUGCUUUACAUAAAUCUCUAGUAACACAGAGUGGCAAAGGCUAAUAGCACUUGGUAGUUGAAAGUGCAAUAGAAAAUUCUACUCUAUUCUACUCUAUUCUAUUCUACGCCAUUUCCAUGAGGUGGCCUCCCGGGAUGCUCUCCCAGCCGUCCCUAAGGAGAUCCCACAGCCGUCAUUGGUCACUUUUCCUUCUCUCUUAGGUCAAAUUCCUCCAAAACCAUUUCUACUAUGUUUAAGAUGGCCAAGUCAUGUGAUGCGACACUAUCACUCUUUUUUGUAAGUGACCAAACUUUUGACUGGUACACUGUAUAUGUGGAUAAUCCCCUUCAGCCAAUAAGAGCAUCAUAUAAGGCUUAGGAGCAGUAUUGGAGGAGGUGGUGAUAAUCCAUAGUAUGAAUGGUGAUAAACCCCGUUUGUCAGCACAGCAUGUGAGGUUAACAGUUGGUAUCACUGUAUGAGCUGCUGUUAACCCCUAGUAACACUGUAUGAGCUGCUGUGAACCCCUAGUAACACUAUGUGAGCUGCUGUUAACCCCUAGUAACACUGUAUGAGUUACUGUUAACCCCUAGUAACACUAUGUGAGCUGCUGUUAACCCCUAGUAACACUGUAUGAGUUACUGUUAACCCCUAGUAACAUUCUAUGAGCUGCUCUUAGCCCCUAGUAAAACUAUAUGAGCUGCUGUUAACCCCUAGUAACACUGUAUGGGGUAGUGAUAACCCCUAGUAACACUGUAUGAGCUGCUGUUAACCCCUAGUAACACUGUAUGGGGUAGUGAUAACCCCUAGUAACACUGUACGAGCUGCUGUUAACCCCUAGUAACACUGUAUGGGGUAGUGAUAACCCUUAUCAGCAAGAUUUUGACUGCUGUUACAGGUUAUAACAUGAUUGUGGUUUUCGGGGUGUGAGGUGUGUAAUGGCAAACAUCAGGGGAAUGAUGCAGUGAUGUUUUUGCCUAGUGCCAGCCAGCAAGUCAUCCAUCCAUCAAUCCAAAAUGUCUACUGGGGCGUGCAUGGGUGACACUGCCAAAAGAGAGAGAGUCUGUAAUUAGGAAGAGUGAACUAUUUCUUCAAUGUGCUUUUUAAAUUUGUGCGGCGACGCAAGAUGUUGACAAACAUCUUUGCCCCGUGGAAGCAUGUCAGCCCUAAGAAAUGAGAGCUAAGAAUUGCUAACGUAAUUCCACCCGAGGCUUCUAGCAUUAUUGCAUUCCAUGGUCACAGCGGAUUGGGGGACACUGGAGUGAUGUCAUACCCUGAAAUAACGUGUCACACAAAACAGAAAUCGUAUCAGUUUCAGUGAGCCAUCAUACCACAAACUCAUCCUCCUUUAUCUGCGCAGACUCCUUAUAACCUACAGCACUGUCAUCAUGGGCCCCACGCCCCUGUGUGCUCUGCUCACUGUAGCCACAUUAGCCGUGGCCCUGGCUGUGGCCGAGAGCGUGACGAAUGGAGACAGCCGGAAUGUUUGGCCCCGGCAGAGGGUGCCGCUAGUGCAGGACAGGGACACGGUGUCUCUUGGCAGCACAGCGUUUGAGGCUGAGAUCCGGGCGGAGCCUGGCCAUGCCUGUGGCAUCGAGUGCCAAGGCCAUCUCGCCCAGCCCAGCCUCGAGGACCUGGAGAAGUGUCUGUCCUACGAGACCCUGUAUGAGAACGGCACGCGGACCAUCACCACUGUGUCCCUGUGGAACCCCAGUGAGGGGUUGGGGGAACCCAAGAGGAAUAUCUCCUUUGGAACCCGCCGCAGAAGGGAACUGUACGGCAUGGAUGGCCGUUUCACCAUCUCUGACUCGCAGUUCUCCACCAACUAUCCAUUCUCCACCGCCGUGAAGGUCUCCACUGGAUGCUCAGGUAUCCUACUGUCCCCGAAGCACGUGCUGACGGCCGCCCACUGCAUCCAUGAUGGCCAGGACUAUGUGAAGGGUGCCAGGAAGCUACGGGUGGGGUUUCUAAAGCUGCGCUCAAGGCGUAGCGGCAACGGUAGGGGAAGAGGGCGCCAAGGAGGCGGAGGAAAGAGGAGAGGACAAGGGAGGGGCGAUGGCACGGAGGACGGGCAAAGGGUGAAGAAGAGCCGGAGUGGGCGUAGCGUGCAGCCCAAGCAGCUGUCCUUCCAGUGGACACGUGUGAAGCAGACUCAGAUCCCAAAAGGCUGGUUCAAAGACGUGUCCAAAGAUGUAGCCUUGGACUACGAUUACGCCCUACUGACCCUCAAGCGUCCACAGAAGCAGCACGCCAUGGAUUUGGGCUUCGUACCAUCUGUCAAGAGACUGCCCGCUGGGCGCAUACACUUCUCAGGCUUCGAUGACGACCGUCCAGGCCAGCUGGUGUACCGGUUCUGCUCGGUGUCAGACGAAUCCAGUGACCUGCUGUAUCAGUACUGCGAUGCCCAACCAGGAUCCAGUGGCUCAGGGGUCUACGUGCGCCUGAGAGACCCAGGAAAGAAGAAGUGGAAGAGGAAGAUCAUCGGCGUGUUUUCGGGUCACAGAUGGCUGGAUGUUGACGGGGUGCAGCGGGACUACAACGUGGCUGUGAGGAUCACGCCGGCCAAAUACGCCCAGAUCUGCCACUGGAUCCACGGCAACUCUGAAGCAUGUCUCAGCACCUGAGGGAACCCUAUUCCCCCCCGAGUCCUGCCAUGUGGCCAUUUUUCCUCGCACUUCCAUUCAUGCCAUUGUGUAAAGCCUGUCUGUUGUAUGAGUGUCUUUCCGGACUUUUCCAAUGUUGAUCACCAGGAGAAUGGAAACGUGUGAGCAAGAACAAAUUCUGUCAGCUUGUAUUUUUUUAAUUUAUUUGGUUAAUAGAUGCAAACUUUCUUACAAAAAAAAAGUGUGUGAUACUGAGACAAUCCAGGUGUGACAGCUUCUAGUAUGUUCUCCAAAACAUAUUAUCACAACAUGAUAGUGCUUCUGCUACUUCAGACGACGUAGGACGGUGCCAGAUCUUCUGAAGAGUUUGCUUCUGUGUAGUCGGUCUCAAAACAAGCAUUUUCUGAUUUUCUGACGCAGAAAGAUUUUUUCUUUAGAUAGAAACAUUUGGUUGUCACUUAAGGUUAUGAGAGGAUAAGAUUAAUUAUUAAAUACUUAAUGGUUAUGAUUUCUUAUUUUAAAUGAGCUUGAAAUGAAUUAUCUUUCAUCAGUGUUACAUUUUGAGAGAGCAGAAUCAUAAAUCCUGGGGAAGGUUUUUUUUAUAUUGAUUUAAGAUUAUUUCUCUCACAGCAGAAGCUACGUUGUGGUGUCCUGCACGGCUGUGCUGGUGCUUUGUAUCACAAAUUCUUGGUGCUAGUUUUACUUUGUAACAUUUUCAGAAAAGAAAAAGAAUAAAUUUUUUUUAACGGUUAA